AGCUGCAGAUGUCCGAGACUCUCAGUCAGUCUUCCUACCUGUCUCCAUCCUGUCCACCUGUCUGUCUUUCAACAGCAACAGUAUGAAGAAACAACAAAGACUUUGGUUUCUGUUCUGGGUGUCUGUUUGUGGUGUUGGUCUGGUGUUUUGCUGGCACGAUUUGGACAACAGCGAGUACGACUGUUGGCCUCUGGACAGGCCCAACGAGUACAACAUGAUCGACUGUGGAGGUCUGGAGAUGGCUUGGGUUCUUCGUCCUCCAGAGUUGAUAAAGAGUGGUGAGGUAUUCAGUGUCAUAUACUCGGUGACCACCCAGGACUCUUUCUACCACUGGGCCGUCCAAAACCGCGUCUUCACUCAAAGUGACAUAGAAGACGCUGAAUCAGCUCGGAGGUUCUGUGAACAUCACGAAUGUCCGGCCAACUGGAAAGAUGCAAAUGGCGAGAACUGCUGCAUUCACCACGCUAACAUCCACUCCUGCCCGCUGGGAUACAUGACAACAGAGAGCAUUUGUGGCCCCUGGAUUCCUGAUGAUGGAAAAAUCUUCACACAUACCGUCUCGACCUCUGGGAAGAUGACCCAGACCAACUGGACCGCGAAGGUGGUUCUGUUUCAUCCUGGCUUAAACUCACUCAUCGCUCACAUUCGGGUCGGUACCAUGCAGGUUGCCCUGGAGGCCAAAACCACCGUGUUGCCUGCUGUGGUCUGUGGUGAUGGUGUCUGUGAAGAGGCGGAGCUUUGUUCCACCUGUCCAGCUGACUGUGGUGAAUGCCCUAUGUCCCCUUCCACGAAGAUUGCCAUCGGUCUGCCACUCAGUCUGCUCUGCCUCUCCUUCAUAAUGACUGCUGUGUGGCUAAGGUACCAGAAACAGAAAAUGUUGUGGGACGAAAGCUGGAUCAUCGACUUCUCUACAAUAAAACAAGAUCAAGAGGGGCACAUGACCAUGGGCAGCAUAAUGAGUGUACCAGUGGGGAACAAUGACAGUCAUACUAGCUGUGUAUCAGCGCUAAGCACCUGUACAGGACAACUGGGAACCCGAAAAACAAUGUUCACCUGCACCGGCAUAUAUGAUGGGCGCACCGUGGCUAUCAAAAGGAUUCACACAAAGACGUUCUCUCUGUCCAAAACCAUCAGACAGGAAGUCAAGCAAGUCAGGGAGCUUGAUCACCCCAACCUGUGUAAGUUUAUCGGUGGCUGUGUUGAGGUGCCAAAUGUUGCCAUAGUGACAGAGUACUGCCCAAAAGGAAGCCUUAACGAUGUCCUUCUUAACGAGGAGAUCCCACUUAACUGGGGAUUCAGGUUUUCCUUCGCCACAGACAUCGCCAGAGGGAUGUCGUACCUGCACCAACACAAGAUCUGUCACGGCCGACUGAAUUCUCUAAACUGUGUCUUAGACGACCGCUGGGUCUGCAAAAUAACAGAUUACGGUCUGGGAACCUACCGCACGGGCGAUGGGGCGGAGCCUCUUUCCACCUAUCAGCAGAGGCUCUUGGAAGUGUACUUGCCGCCUGAGUUUCAGGACUCUAACACGGAGCCAACGCUGGCAGGAGAUGUGUUCAGUUAUUCCAUCAUCCUGCUGGAGAUUGCAACUCGCAGUGAUCCGGUCCCUGCAGAGGAGUCAAACCUCGAGUGUUCCUGGUGUCCUCCUCUUCCUGAAUUGAUCUCCAGUAAAGCUGACAACACCUGCCCCUGUCCCGCUGACUAUGUAGAGCUGAUUCGGCGAUGUCGCUCUCAUAACCCUACCCACAGACCUACCUUUGAACAGAUCAAGAAGUUUGUGCAUCGAAUUAACCCCAUCAAAACCAGCCCAGUGGACAUGAUGAUGAACCUGAUGGAGAAAUACAGCAAACAUCUGGAGGUGUUGGUGGCUGAGCGGACUCAGGAUCUGAUGCAUGAGAAACAGAAAACUGAUAGGCUGCUAUACAGUAUGCUUCCCAAACAGGUUGCUGAUGACCUCCGUCAGGGAAAACCCUCCCAAGCUCAGAGCUAUGUCAGUGCCACUGUCUUCUUCAGUGAUAUAGUGGGCUUCACCCAGCUGUCCAGCAGCAGCACUCCUUACCAGGUCGUGGACUUCCUUAACAAGCUCUACACAACUUUCGAUGACAUCAUUGACAAUUACGAUGUCUACAAGGUAGAAACCAUCGGAGACGCAUAUAUGGUGGUCUCUGGUGUUCCACAGGAGAACGGGAUACUCCACGCCUCAGAGAUCGCCAGCAUGGCUCUGGAUCUGGUGGGCGUCUGUCGCACCUUCAGGAUCCCCCAUAAACCCAACACUCAGCUGCAGAUACGAGCUGGGAUACACUCCGGUCCAGUGGUGGCAGGGGUGGUUGGGACAAAGAUGCCUCGCUACUGCCUGUUUGGAGAUACAGUGAACACAGCAUCGAGGAUGGAGUCAACAAGCGUUGCCCUGAAGAUCCAGUGCAGCUCCAGUGUCUUUUACCUACUGGAAGAGAUUGGUGGCUACAUGUUGGAGUGCAGAGGAACACUUCAGGUCAAGGGUAAAGGUGACAUGGUUACUUACUGGUUGGAAGGGAAGAAGACUUCUCUGGUCUCCAAGGACAUCAUUGCAGACCCAAAGACAGCCAAACUCAUCACCACGGAGACAGAAGAGGAAGCAGAGAAGAAGCAAGAGCUGUAUUCAUCAAUACCGGGGUAUCUGAAUGACGAUCUUCUCCUGGACCCAGCCUGAACCGCAAACUGUGGAUCUAUCUUUUGUUGUGAUGUCCUCACUGUUAGCCUGAGAAGAAUACAUUACUGUGUUGUGUGCUACAUUUCACAUGAAUGGUCACCCGGUGGAUCUCAUUAAUCCACCGAGGAAUGUUCAACGAAACUGAAAAACAGAAUAAUCUUAGUCUAAAUUUUGCCAUUUGCUAUGUUUUUCACUCCAGUCAAAUCCUCGCCUGAUAGUUUAUGUUUUACUAUAUUCUAUGCUGUUAUUAUGUUUUUGUGAAGAAGCACUUUCCCAUUAGUCGACUAUGAGGAUGAAAAGUUUAUGUAUAGAAUUUUAA